AUGCUUCGAUUUGGCUCAGGUGUAUACAAUCUACGCGAUUCAGAAGGCCCUUCAACGUACAAACCACAAGUUAUUGGGAAUGGUACGGAGCUAGCGUGCUCUAUAUUCUUCUUGGAUGACACUGAACACAAAUUCUUUGUCUCGGUAAGGCGCUAUUUUGAUUAGGCUUGCUCUCACCUACCUUUGUCAAAGGCCAGAUUUUGGUCUUGUUGAGGUUUGUAGAAGCUGUAGCUCAGUUACUCGCUGCUGGAUUUUUUUUGAAAAUUAGCAAAAUUGUACCUUAUAGUAUGCCCUUUCAUACUGUCGAACAAAAUUUUUUUAAAGUGACAUCAGCUUGACUUAUGACUCUUUUCGCCACUACUAUCAGUUCACUCACUACUAUCCUAGAGAAGUAUUAACCCCUUUUUACUUACUCUUUCUUGUUUUAAGUGUCGAAAUUUUUCGUUUUAAGUACGCACUAUGUCAUUUUUAAUACCUGUCAUAUGUUUUUGUAAAACAUGUAGGCUUAAAAGAUUACUGUAUCAUAUGUUUUUGCAGAAAAAUGCCACUGGACAGGAAUUGUUGCAAAAAGUUUACGAGUUUUUGGAACUAACUGAACAUGACUUUUUUGGUCUACAGUUUGUUUGUGUUACGGGUUCGAAUACGGUUAGAUUGGUAAGUUUUUUCGAUUUUUUUGAAAUUUUUUAAAUUUUUAAGUGAAGUUAAAAAUUAAAAUUUUUUUUAGAAAUGGCUGGACGCAAAAAAAUCUAUCAAACGACAAAUGAUGUGUAGGUUGAUUUUUUCUACCGUACCCUACCCUUCCCUACCCUACCCUGCUUUACCUUACCUUACCCUACCCACCAAACACAAUAAUAGCAAUUUCAGGCCCUCCAUACCAUUUGUUCUUUCGUCUAAAGUUCUAUGUCAGUGACCCCGGUAAACUACAAGAGGAAUACACAAGGUAUCUUGUGUAUUUACAACUCAGAAAAGACCUACUGGACGGUCGAUUACCAUGCACAGACGAAAUGGCAAUUACUUUAGGUGGUCUGGCAGCACAAUGUGGGUUUAUGACGCAUUUUUAAAUUUAAUAUUAUCAGGUGUCGACAUAAAGAACCCGCCAUACCUUGCCUGUAAUUUCUUGUAAGAAAUGGCGGGUUCUUUAUGUCGGCGUCUAAUACUUUAUACAGGGUGCGCCAAAAGUUCUGUUAUACGGUUUUUUAAUUAAAUAUUUAUGUUAAAAACAAAUAUAACUAAAACAACAACUAACAAUAAUAACAUAUAGUACAAGUUAUAACAUAGUUAAUUGGUUUCGCAGUGUCCCCUUUGCGGCUUGGUAUAAGCGCAAACGCUUCAAAAAGUUUUCAGCAAUGGGCCGUAGACAAUGAAGGCUUAACUUUUAUGAUUAAACAAUAAAAAAACACGGGGAAUAAGCUAGCUUAUCAGCUAAAACAAAAAAUUUUACAUAAUUUAAUCGCAACAUAGAGAAAACGACCGGUAAAGUUUUGUAACAGAACUUUUGGCGCACCCUGUACAAGUUAAAAAAAUUUUUUUUAAAUUUAAAAUUUGUGCCAUUUUUCAAACGAUUAUGACAUUUUUUAUGAAAUUCUGAGAUUUUUUAAAAAUUAUCCCAUUUUCUGAUGUUUUACCUAAAAUUCCUGCUAUUUCAGCCGAACUAGGCGACUACAAUGAAGAAGAACACGACGAAGACUAUUUGAGCAAUUUUCGGCUAGUGCCAGUUCAAGGCAAGCUGUUGAACAAGAAAAUCAAAGAGUCUCAUCAGCUAAACAAAGGAAUGUAUCCUGCUAAAGCCGAGUUCGAAUUUCUGAACAAAGCCAAAUGUCUGGAUUUUUAUGGCUUCGACCUUUAUGAAGCUAAAGUGAGUUUUUUAUUUUGAUUAUUAUUUAUUUGGUUAAAACUAUUUAAAAAUAUGUUUUCUUAGCUAAAUUCUAUUAAAACUGCCGUUUUCAUACCUAAAGAAUAAAAAAACUAGUUUUGUUACCUAAAAACCAAAAAAAAUAUUUUUUUGAUAAAAAAUAUUGUUUGAUACCUAAAAUUUUAACCUUUAUCUUGUUUAUAGCUAAAAACUUUAAAAAAGAUAAUUUUUGGACCUAAAAUUUUAAAAAAUGACCUUUUUUUUCUUUUUAUUACCUAAAAAUUAAAAAAAGUAUUUUUUGAUACCUAAACUUCUAACCUUUAUCUUUUUCAUACUUAAAAAAGUUAAAGAAUCAAUUUCAUAUCUAAAAACUUAAAAAAGUACCUUUUGUUACCUAAAUAUCAAAAAACACCUUUUUUUAUUACCUAAAAAUCAAAAAAGCCCCAAAGGUAAAGUCUGGUCGAAUAAAAAGUACUUUCAGGACGGGUAUGACAGACAAAUAACAAUUGGCGUAAACAGUAAUGGAGUGUCGGUAUUUGAUAACGGAUCUCGUGUGCAUUCCUUUCCCUGGGCUACGAUUAUUAAAGUCAGCUUUAAGCGGAAGAACUUUCUACUGCAUAUCAUGAUGAGCAAGGAGAAUGAUGUGAGUUUCUUUUUUGUUUUUAGGCUUAUAUUGGGACGUUUAGGCUUAUAUUUGGAGGUUUAUGCUUAUAUUGGGAAGUAUAGGCUUAUAUUCGGAAUUUUAGGCUUAUAUUUGGAAGUUUAGGCUUAUAUUAGGAAGUUUAGGCAUAUAUUAGGAUGUUUAGGCUGAAAUUUGCAAGUUUAGGCUUAUAUUUGCAAUUUUAGGCUUAUAUUUGCAAGUUUAGGCUUAUAUUUUCAAGUUUAGGCUUAUAUUGGGAAGGUUAGGCUUAUAUUAGAAAGUUUAGGCUUAUAUUUUUAUUUUUUUGUUCACAUCGAGCUUUUAGGCUUAAAAUGGUUUUUUGGCUAAACUUGAGCUUUUAGGCUAUAAAAUUUUUAGGCUUAAGCUGAAAUUUAAAAAAAUGUUUUUAGGCUUAGAUCGAGAUUUUAAGCACUAAAAUUGUAAGCCUAAAAUUGCACUUUAGGCUUAAACUGUUCAUGUUAGGCUUAAAUCAACACCUUUUUGUCUGGCCUAUUUUAUUUAGGCUUAAUUCGAAGUUUUAGGCUCAUUUUUAGGCUUAAAUUUUAUAUAUUAUCAGGCUUAUUACCUAUUUUAGGAACAAGUCGAUACCGAACUCUCAUUCAACUCUGUAACCUCACAGAACUGCAAAAUGUUAUGGAAGAGUUGUAUUGAACACCACACCUUUUUUCGGCUAGCUGUACCACCUUCAAAUUCAGCCAAAUCCGUAUUUCAUCUUGGCUCCAGAUUUCGCUACAGCGGCCGAACUGAGCAUCAGACUCUGGAGGAAGCGAGGAAAGUGUCAAAACCAGAUCGACAGUUCCAAAGAGUGCCAUUAAGUCAUAAUGAACAAAUUCAUGAUGACAUGGGUAUGGCUCAUGGUGGUAUGGGUAUGACUCAUGGUGAUAUGGGUAUGGCUCAUGGUGAAAUGAAUGCUAUUCAUGGUGAUAUAGAUCAAAUUGGGUAUCAAAUGGACCAAGCCGAUGAUCACGGGAACCAACUUCAUGGUACUAUGAUGGAUUCGGCAGCUAGAACUGAUAAGACACCUUUGACUCAUUCCACGACUUCUGGAAGCUCAAUUCCGAAUUCGCAGUCAAGCACGAGAGAGAUCACGACCGGUCAACAGUCAAGGUAUGGUAAAGUUUAAUCUUUAGCUAAAUUUUUGAAAAAAAAAAUUUGAAAAAAAAUUUUAAAUUAAAAUUCUCACUUAAUGCUAGAUUUGAAGCCUUUUGUUGUAGUCCUCGUAGCUGGCUAGAAUAUUUUUUAGUAGGUGCCGACAUAAAGAACCCGCCAUUUUUUACAGGAAAUUACAGGCAAAGUAUGGCGGGUUCUUUAUGUCGGCACCUAAUAAAAAUUUUCAAAUUUCAAAAAUCAGCUUGCUUAAUAUCGCUUUUGCUUUAACUGUGGUGAUGGUAUUGUUUUUUCUUUAGUCGUCGUGGCGGUCGGAUGGAGAGUGUUCGUCGACGGACUUCCUCACUAAUUCGCGACAAUAUUCGUCGCAAAUUCACUCAAAUGGGGGAAUUUUCCUCGUCGGCUGGCUCGAUUCUACAUUCGUUGUUGGCUAUGUCGCAAAAUUCAUUCAAAAUUUCUGGGGAUUCUGAUGGUUUGAAGAGCAGAGAUCGAUCGAAAAAUGGCAGGGAUGAAAGAGAACGAUCGAAAAAUGGCAGUGAUGAAAGAGAUCAUGAGAAAAGUGGAGGUGAAGAGAGAAAUCGGCCGAAAAAUGGUGAUUAUGAUAAGGAUGAUGGACAGAUGCAUGAAGAAAAUGAUGUAAAAUACAAUGGAGAGUUAUCAGCAAAGGAUAAUAUAAAAAAUUCUGAUAAGAAUCGACUAAAAAAUGGAGAAAAAUUAAAAAAUUCGACCAACAACGACCAAACGAAAAAUUUUGAUGCUGACGACGAGUUUUUCAUCGAUUUGGACAGAGAUGAGGAUGAAACUGCAAAAAAUGGAAUUCAUAGGACAGAUGAUAGUAAUGUUGAUCUUCUUGGUGAUUUUCAAGAUUCUACUCCUGUUGGUCCAAAAGUUAUGGGCAAAAAUGAAAGUCAUAGUCGAGAUAACGGUGUUAAUGUACAAAUUGGUCAGAAUUGUAAUGAAAACAAUGCGGAAAUGUAUCAAAAAGCCGAUAGAAGUGUAGUCAAUGGACUGAAGAAUGAUGACAAAGCAAAGAAUGGUCGAAAAGUUCAUGGAAUUUUGCAAAAUGACGAAAAAUAUGAAAAUAAUGAUGAAAAAUUCUAUAAAAACUUCAAAGAACUUCAAAAAUUAGAUGAUUCAUCAACAAUUCCGCCUGAUCCAGGAUCUAAUGGUAGUGAUCCAGAAGUCUUAAUUCACCUUGAUGUAGAAUCUUACAAAAAAUGCCCAUUGGAUUUCGAGUACGAUCAUUUGAACGGAAGUUAUAGUAGGGUUCAAGGUGAUAAUGACUACAAGAAGUUGCAAAACACAAACAGCUACAAUAAGAUGGCCGAAAAUGAUGAAAUUGACGAUGAUAGUGUAGCUUCAUAUUCAGAAUUGAGCAAUGGAUAUGCUGAGCUGGCUAAAGUUGAAGACGUUAGAGAGUAUCUGAAUAAUGGAGUCGAAAUGCCAGUUUCUACCUAUCAUAUUCAUACAUUGCAUGAGACGGUCAUUCCUAACAUAUACGAUGAUACUGUAAAGCCAAAAAUUGAUGGUACUGUUAAGAAGGGUAAAGUGAGGCAUGGCUUAAAGGAUGGUGGAGGUAUUGCGGCUUCUGAAUCUUCGACUGAUCUUCUGAGGGCUUCUGAAUCUUUGUCUGAGCUGGGAAAGGCUUCUGGAUCUUUGAUUGAGCUUCAAAAGGCUUUGGAAUCUGAACAUGAUGGGAUGAAGACUGAUGAGAUAACGUGA